AUGAAUCUGAAGUUGGAAGUUUUGUUGUCCUCUAGCAUUAAACGAAAGAAACCAUGGCCGAGGUUCUGUUGGCUUGGAAUGGAGAAGGAAGGUGUCUUCCUCUUGGACGACAAGCGAAUUAGUGAAAUCAUUCUUGUGUCGGGACACACCAAAAAAAAGACGCCAAAGCUGCAACCACUUCUACCAAGAGUGUUGACUAUGUCCGCAUCUCAAAAUGGUGUUUGGCUGAGUGGGAUACUGACUUCUGGAGAGCUGUUUCUAUGGAACAGGGACAAGGACUCCCUGAAGAUGAUUUCGUCUGUAGCAGCAGUUUCUCAGCUAGUCGCCUUUGCUCAAGAGACGUCAAUGCGUCUCUCUCUGCUGGUGUCUGGGGACGGGCAGAGGGUGCUCCUGGUAAUGCUCACAGGACAGGUAUUCCUUUGGGAGUGCUUUAGACCUCAAGACUUAAGUAGUGUUAGAGACACCGCUGUGGCCGGACGUUGGAGUCAGAUAGAAUCCUCCGGAAACACAGCAUUGCCCUCAUCGAAGAACAAGGAAACAUCCCAUCACAGUGUUUUUGUCAAGAGUCAGGAGGUUGGUGAUGUGUGUAUGAAUGCUUUUGUCUUCACGUCUGAAGACCAGCUGAUCGUCAGUUUCCUGAAGAUUCAGUGGGAGGAAGGCUGGGAGAGAAAACUCAGUUCAGUGGGGUACAGUGUACACUGGGUCACAAAGACCUACCCGCUCAAGUGCCUCUCCCCGCCAUGCCGACCCGUAAGGUCAAGAGGGGCGCUGGUUUCGGCUUUUUCCCCGGACGGUCUGCUCCUGGCCGUCGUCCUGAAUCAGAAAGACCCGAGGGCUACCCAGGCGUUGUUUAUCAGCACACAGAACUUUGUGUCUCUGUCCAGCUCCUUAGGGGGCUGCGGCAGUAAACAGCUCAACAUCCCACCCAAGUAUCUGAGGUCCUACUGGGUAGGCUGUGUGAGCUGGACUGCAGGGGGGCUAUACUUGGCCUGCGUGUUAAAAAGAGGCUCCCUCCUUUUGCUGGCCCGGCUGGGCGGACUGGUCACGCUGUCUACGACAGGAUGCAACAUUGAAUUUGGUCCAGCCCACUUCUUGCCCCUUCAUCCGCUGAUCACCUAUAGACCUCCAGUGGCUUCACAACAACAGGAUGGAGCCCUCUCCAGUUCCAGCGUGUCUCUCCGUGACGCUCUGAGACAACGAUAUUCGGUCACCUGGCACCCGCGCUUGCCCUAUCUCAUCGUGUCUGAUGGGUACAUGGCCACCAUGCUGAGAAUGCCAAGUCACCCCUCCCCCACCUCACUCAUAAGUGCCCACCUGCUGGACGCAGCCGAGGGCUUGGAAAGAGUUCGCAAGGCCCUGGUGAACUCUGAGCCCCGAGUCAGGAGUCGGUUGGAGUCCAUGUCCACUCUGAAAUUCACAGCUAGUUUACAGUUACUGAGACAGAAGGAGAUUCCAACAGCCACACUCCCCCUGUGCCUGCAAGAUGAGAGAGGCAGUGACGAUAUCAGAGAAAAGUUAAAGAAAAUCCUGGUUCAGGAUGAGGAUGAAUCUGAUUGCAGCCAGUGUGCCGGCUCACGCUUAGAGGAGGGCGGCAGGCUGGAGUUUGCCUCGAUGUUCGACACGCUUCAUGCCCAUUCGGACUCUCAAAGUGACCCUGAGGACCCAGAGUCUGAGGAGCCCUUAACUUUGCGGGGGGAUCUAGAGGCGGUUCAGCGAAGUCUGCUGACAGCGUGGGCUCUGGGACUGUCUCUGGGUGGGGUCGCGGAGCAGAGAGAGCGGCUUUUGAAAUACGCGGCCCGUUGCGCUGUGCGUCUGGCAGCCCUCCUCGGACUUUGUCCCCCUGGAUCUCAGUCUGGUAAAAAGAAAAGCGGAACCCGGGCCUCAAACGUCUUUCACCUCCUUAAAUCUCUGCUUUCUUUCUUACCCUGGGACGCUCCGCACACGAGAGGAGGCAGCUGCCUGGGCGUAGCUGUGGAUCUUAUCAGGCAGUUUGUGUUUCUGGUCCUCAACCCUUCUUCAGAGCGUCCUCUCUCCUCCCAGAGCCUUUCUGCAGCACUUCUCAUCCUCCACAAGGCAUCCCAAAGUCUGAACCUUACCUACAGGCUCCCACAGAAGGCGGUGUAUGGUCCUCCAGACCUCCAUCAGGCAGACGCCUGUCCCUCCGAUGUCUUCUCCCUCCCACUGCUACAGGAGGAGGGAGGAACUCAGCUAGUGAUAUCGCAGGAGCCAGGGCUGGAGACACAGCUACCCUCCUCUAGAUUGCUUGCUGUGUGGCAAAGUGUGUACACGCAGGCUGUCCAUUAUCAAACAGAGCUAUGCCAAAACGGCGGCUAUGGCAGCAGAGCGAAAGAGUUGGAGAGAGUAUCUGAAAUUCUGUCCAAAAUCCAGAGGGUUCUUCAGAGAGCUGGGAACCGUUUGGAAGACAGCCCUGCUCUGCACAGUUUCGCAGGAGAGCAACACUUUAUUUUGGGUUCAUAUGGUGAAAGCACUCAGAUAUGGAGAGCUGAGCUUUGGGCAGAGAGAGAAAGAUCUGGCCCAAGAACGUGUUUCCUAGAGACACGAUACUGCCUGGCCUUACUGUAUAGUCACCUGUUUCUGUAUCGGCUGAGGGAAGCACAGGGCCUGUGUGACUACCUGGCCAGGCAGCUGCUGCCGCCGGCUGAACAGGGAGAGGACAUAGUUGAAGAUGCUCUGGAUGAGGGCUGGCUUCCAGGACAGGUGAACAGUGAGGCAGCCCGUGCAGUGGUUCAGUCUCUGGGCAGGUUCAUGGCCUCUUACUUCACCAACCAGCCUCUGAGCAUUCUCCCCCCUCACAACGUGGAUGUCCUGCCUCCUCUGCACUUUCCUCAGACCUCGGGCCGACGGCUGGUGGUCUUGUCCCAGAGCCGCGUGGCGGGGGCGGUCCGCUCCCAGCAGCUCUCUGAGGUGUGGACAGUGGACUACGCUCUGGAGCUUCUCCUGCUGGGGGGGCUGCUGCCCGAGGCCGUGUGGCUGGCUCACCGUUUGGGCGACUGGAAGAUGGCUGCUUCCCUCAGCCUGGCCUACACCACUUACUGCAAGGAGCAUUACGACUUCAGCAAGUUGAAGUGGAGAGAACUGCAUCUACCAACAGAGCUGCAGCCUGGUCACAUCUUCCAGUGUCAGCUUAAGUCCUGUCUUGGCCAAAUGUCACCUUCUGAUGAUGAUGGUAAGUCACACAUUUAAUUAGAAAAAACUGACCUCAGUUUGGACUCUGUGAAUGCGGAGGAUACUGAGCUCCUGCAGGUGUCUGUGCAGGAGAUCCUCAAGGCCUCCGUCAUGGCGGAGGUGGAUGUGGUGUCUCAACCUCUUCGUCUGCUCCUGGACUCAGCCAAACAGUCGGCCUCCUCUCUUUCUCCCCUCGUGUGUCCCGGCCUUUAUCUUCCCACGCCUCCUCUGUACUGUCCACAGCCUGCACCCAACACGCAGGAUUCCACAGGGGAUUUGUCGGCGCUUACGGAGGAGGCAUCCCGUAGGGGCGUAUCUGGAGCUUUGCAGAGGGUUCUGUUGCUCUUGAGGGCUGCGCACUGUUCUCGCCCAGCCGCUGAGUGGUACGUCAGGAACCUGCGCCACUGCCAGCAGCUCUCACACAAGAUCCGGCAGAGGUUUGGUGAGCCCAAAGACGCACCGUUUUCUGAAGGACUGAUGAAGUUUGCCGCUCGCUGUGGAUUCUUCCGUUCAGGGGCCAGCGGAGAUGGGAACAUAGACGCCGUUACAAAACAGAUCAUAACAUGCUUCAGGGAGCUGUGUGGACUUUGCUGGAUGCUGCAUGUCAGAGACCGGCUUACUGUUUCCUGCAGGAAGUAUCAAGCAGCAAGAAACAACAGGAGAGACUCUCAGAUAAGAGACGAAGAUUUGAACGAGCUUUGUGUGGAGGCCUUGCGUUGGGCCUGCCGCCUUCUGCCAUUCUCUCGUUUUCUCAACGCCGAGGAGAUACUGCAAGACCUGGUCCUCAGCCUGGUGUCAGAGCUGCCUCCUAUUGCUAUGGUGGCGGAGACAUUGGCCAGAGUGUUUGUGGAGGAGGAAGAGUCUGUGCGAGUGCCUCUGAGAGAGAAGUACAACUCCCUGCUACACAGGUUACGCCCUUGUCCCGUCCAGAACUUCACCUCACUGCCAGACGCACAGGCAAACGGUAAGACGGAGGCUGGGGAGCCAGAGACGAUGCUCCUGCUGAUCCAGGACGAGCUGAGGCGGCAUCGGAGAGAGCUGAGGCGUUUGGGCAAACACCUCGCCCCCGUGGAGCUUCACAUUUGGGAGAGGGAGGAAGAUGACGACAGAGGAGGCGUUCAUUUUCUGGAGCGUUUCUCUCUGGGCGCGAGCUUGAGCAACAGCACGCUGACGGACUGUGGGCGUCCUCAGGUGUACAGCGAGGGAGACACAGCUGAGACGCUGUCCGAACCUCUGUCUCCAGACCUUCAGACCAGACCUCCUCACAGCCCGAAGAAGCAGCAGGACAGAGCAGAGAGAUCAGCGCAGAGAGAAAAAGAAGAUCAAAUCAGUCCGGCCGCGGGUCCCGGUGGAGCUGACAGAGCCCAGGACUCUGCAGGGGGCACGGAGGGAGCUAAGGCUCCUUCUUUACCUGCCGUAGGGACGUGGAUGUUUGAGCUGGAGGAUGAGGAGUACGCUCGCUUCUUAGAGCUCUUCCUCAGCUACGUGUUGGAAAAGGACAAGUUGGACGGCGAAGACUCCGAGCUGCCUUUGUCGAGCGGUUUUUCGGCACGGCUGCGCGAGAGAGAGCUGCACUCUCCCGCCUUCGACGUGCUCACUACGCUCAGGCGGCGCCAAAGGGACGGGAGACAGGCCGCCAGGAGACGCGGCCCCCGGGCGCCCGUGUUCCGAGCUGGCCGUUGUUUCCGGUCUGCCCCCGACACCCCGGAACCGCCACCGUCCACCGUCCGCGCUCCGUCUGUCCAAAGCGAUGCCCAGCUGCGCGGAAACAAUGUGACCCUGCGCCACCUUUCAGGGCUGCACGGCGGGAAACAGCAGGGCCUUUUUGGCUUCGGCUGCAGCAGGGGGGGGUCGUCGCCUGAGACGGGAACGGUCGGGGACGGUCGCGUAAGCUCACAGCCCAGUCCCAGCCAGAGCUCUAUCCCCUGGGGUGCGCAGACGGAACGCUGGCCCUUUAAAACCGCGGCUCUCGCCGACACGGACCUCCAGCAGGAUCUGGAUCCCAAACUGGAGGCCCGGUUUCCGCGGCUCGGCAGGUUGCUGGAGUGGAUGGUCCGUUGGGCGGACAGGAGGGCUGCGCACACUCAGCCUGCUCGGAGGAAGCCAGAAGGGCCCGGAGGUCCCGACGACGCCGUGGUCAUGAGAGCCAAAGCCUCCACACCUGCAGUGCUUACUGCCCUCAGACUGCUGGAGCACCGAUACACCACCGCCCUCUUGGCCCCGGACAGGCCCUGCACACACCUCAGGGUUCCAGAGAGGCAGUAUACAGUGGCCCCAGUGCUACAGCCAGACACAGGCUGGAAAGUGGAGAGAGAGAGCAGCGUGGACACUGGUUACCCCGGAUCAGCAGAAACACCCGUCACCCUGCCUGAUCUAGACCACCAGCAUGGACCCACACCCGACACGUGCGAUGCUGAAGGGGUUGAAGAAGAGCAGAGCGUGGUUUACCUGUCUGAAGAAGAGGAGAUGACCCAUCACUCAGGGAGGAAGGAAGGGGAGAGAAAACCCGCCAGCGGAGGCAGUGAAAGACAGCCUCCAGCAGAAACUAACGGUAACAAGCCCGCUGGGCUCUCGCUGUGUCUGAAGUCAAUAUUAACAGCCACUCCAAGACUCUUAGUGGUCCCAGAGGCCAGGCCCGAGGUGUCAAAGCAAACAUCUCCUUUGCAGCCAGACCUGCGGUCUCUCCCUGUGCCAAACCUAGAGCCUGGAGCUCAGACGACCAGCCCUCCCUCCAACAGCACCCUGCCUGAGGGCAGCCCAGGCCGACAGGCUGACCCCGUCAGGCAGCUGCUUCAAGAUGAGCUCUUCAGAUUAGUACAGCUACAGCAGAUCAACUUCAUGAGUCUCAUGCAGGUGGUUGGAGCCUCUUUUGCUAACCUGCAACUUUCUCAUCCUAACACACUACUCCCCCAGGCCAGUGUCCCUUUAGUUCAACCUAGUGUCCCUGUACCUCAACCCAAUGACCCUCAUAACCAACACCCUGGACCUGAGCCCACAACCCAGAACCCACAACACCCAGACUCCAGGUCUCAGAACGGACUUACUGACCAACAGACAGUCACCACAGUUGUUGAGUCUGCUGUGAACAUUCAGAGAGAGAGGACUGACCAAAACAACGCAACACCCAACAUGCGGGAAAUUCAGCCGUUGAGCAUCCACUCAGAGUGGCCAGGGGAGAGCCAGACACAGGGCAGAAAUUUCAGUCUGCCUUCUCAUGGACUCCUUACCACUGCAAAUAAUCCUCCCAGCAUCUCUUUGCAAGCGCCCCCCAGUGGCAGCUCCCAAGACCCUCCCAUCCUCAUUCCUAACAUGAGAAGUGCUCCUCCCAUACCAGCCACCGGCCUCCACCUGCUGCAGCUACGCCCGCCUCACCCAGCAUUACUGCGCCCCCCUCCUAUUGUCUCUGUGAGGGAAGCUUGGGGUCCUCAUCCCCUCCACCCGAAGGUCAAUCAGUAUGAGCCCUCUACAGUCAGGAGAACUGAGGAAGAGAGGAGGAUGUGGGCGGAGCCUACCAUAGCCCCACCCACACCUCACUUCAGUCUUAUCUCUCAUCCUCCGACCCAAACCUUUGGAGCCACCACGGAAAGAGGGAGACGCCAUGAAUCCCUUCAUCUGGGCCCUGCUCCUCAGAGAGCAGCUCCACCCUUGGCGCUGCUGCGCUUUCACCCUCCCCAGCAGCCCCUCCUUCUCCCUCAGAUCCCUCUCUCCGACCCAGCAAGGACGCUCGCUCCCGCCCCAACUGCUGUGGGCCACUUCCCCCGACUCCAGCUUCUCCAGAGGGACCCUGACCCCCCUAGCCCAGUAGGCACGUCUCCACUGCGCGCUCCCCGUCUCAUCCCGCUGGAAAAGCUGAUGGAAUGGGCUGCAGCACGGCAGCAGGAUACGGAGGUCAAACUCCAGCUCCUGAAGACAGACAGACUCAGCGAAGGCAACGUCCCAGGCACCACACUGUCCAAAAAAAGACAGAAGAGAAGGGAGGAGAAAAAGAAGGAGGAGGUCAAGGUUGGGGUCACUUUCAGACCAGAGGAUUCCAUUAUCCCUCCGUCUGAGCUUGAGGAGGAGGAGGAGCCCACCCUGAAGGAGAGUCAUGCUAUCCCCUUAGGGUCGUUUGAUUCAAUGCUGACUGGCCAAAGUCUGCUGGACAAGGCCCACGCUACUGCUGCUGAACUUCAUGCCUUUGCGUCCACUCAGAAAAAACCUCCUGAAAUACAGGAUGCCUGCACAAACACCGAGCCAGCUUCUGCACGUGCGAUCACAGAUAAAGCCAUUUCAGUCCAUUUGCCUGUGUCUCCAACCUCUGCUCCUGGAUCUGGGCUUGUGGAGGCUCCAGCAGUUGUGCCUCCGGAUAUUUUCCUAAAUCUGCGUUUCUCCAAGGACUUACCUGCAGAACGACCAGAGAGCUCUGGUCCUGCAGAGCAGAGGCCAGACAUGGAGGCAGAGGUCCGGCAGUUUAUCAACGUGAUCGAUCUGGAGGAUGAGGCUCUGCUCCAUGACCUGCCCCCCCGCCGGACAUCUCCAACGCGAACUGCCCCCGACUCUCCCCCGUCAUCCGCCCAGCUCCAUCUUCUAGCAGCUUCUGUCACUAACUCUGCUCCAUCCCAUGUACCUACUGCGGAGAUCAUGACAGAGGAACCGACAGACAGUCUGCUUGGUCCUUCCCUGAGGGUUUCUCCACCUGCCGUUGCGCAGGGUGACUCAGAGCCCAGCGGGGACCCUGUCACAGUCAGAGUGCUGAUGGACGUCAAGGCUCAGGACGUGGAGGUGCGUUCACUGGAGAGAACAGCUUUGUCCAGGAGUCAGGUCUCCGCCCGACUUUCAGAGAUGGAUGCCCAGCUGGCCGCGCUGCAGAGCAUCGCUGAUCACAUGGAUAGAGAGUUUGCCAAUACCAGGAUGCUGGUGAGAACUGUUGAGACUUUGAGCCCUGCAGUGAUGGCUGAUGAUGAGUCACACUUCCGCAGACCUCCAGUAACACAAGAGGAUCUAGCAGAAUCUAUGGUUGAGAGUUCCGGAAGACCAGUGCAGGAGACUCUGGGUCUGAGUGGACUGAGUGAUGUUGCUGACAUCUUGGGGGACUUAGUGAGGGACGGUGCCAUCUCUCCCACUGCACUCGGUCUGUCCUACAGCAGGGCAGCCCAGCUGGACAGGCAGAGACAGAGGACAGACAGGAUGGAAGAGGAGAGAAGAGAGCUGAGGGCGUGGAUGAGGAGAAAACAGCGGGAGAGACUGGUGGAGUACCGCAAACAAAGGGAGGGGAGGAGAGAGAUGGAGCGCAAGCCAUUUACUCCCACCGUCACCACCAAUCCGAGCUCCAAAGACCUAACGGUCAUCAAACAAAUCAAACGGGAGAAGGACAAGACGCUGCUGUUGGAGCACCAUACUCAGAGGGCUCGUGAAGCCUGCAGCCUGAUAACAGACUUACUCACUGCCCCUCUGCCCCUGCCCAGUGGAACUGCCUCACAGCACAGUCCUGGCACCGCCCGCAGUAGCACCAGGUCAACAUACAGUCAGUCAACAGGAAGGAACAAAAGUCCCAAGGGUCAAACAGGAAGAACGCGUUCUCUUUCUUCCCCGGGAAGGACGGUGGUUUUGCAGAGGGGCGGUGCAGCAGGAGGAACUGGAACUCUUAGAAGCAGAUUAGGCCUCCACAGACCAGCGUGUGCACUCCCAGGUGACCGUAUGUCUCAGGUCACACGCCGGGGCAUGAUAACAGACCUGAGAGGUAGAACAGGAGCAAAGACAAAGUCAAGACAAAACCAGAGUAAAGUGUUGAGCAGGUCCCCAGCAGGACACAGAACAGUGAAGGAGCAGGAGCAGAGGGAGGAGAAUGAAGAGAGGGAGGUGGUGAGCCCCUGGAGUCCUCCUCUGGAAGUCCGCAGACUCCUCAGGACAGAGAACCAAGACACAGGCCAGGUGAGAGGCCAUGACAUCUCAGUAAGACUAGAGCAGGACAUACUGGAAACCAUGUCUGAGAGCACUGGGAGCAUUCUUAGCAAGCUGGACUGGGCAGACAUUGAAAGAAUAGUCGCUGAAGAGGGAGAAGGAGAGCUCUGA